AUGGGGGCGGCCCAGGCGCUUUGCUGCGAGCCCGCGCGCUGCGCCGAGGAAGCCCCCGGCCGCGCGCCCCUGGCUGCAAGGAAGCCCAAGGUCCGCGUGGCAGGAGACGAUGACAAAGCCCUGACCCAGGAUCCGCUGCCGCUGUUGACCGCGGCCGAGGAGGGCGCGUUCGCCAGGGCGCUGCUGGACAGCUGCCUCGCGGGCAUCGCGGAGCUGGACGACCCCCCCCGCGACGCGGCGUGGGCGGACGAGCCAGGACGGUGGCCCGGCAGCCUCGACCCGGGGUGGGGCGCGCCCGGCGGCCGCCCCGCCCCGGAGCUGCUGGUGCACGUGGAGAAGGCCUCGCCCGAGGAGGACAUCGGACUCCGGGUGCUCCACAGCGGCGUGGGCAUCUUCGUCGUCACCGAGGCGCAGCCGGCCUCCGCCUCGACGUUCCCACCGUGGGACGGCGAGCCCGGCAAGCUGCUGUCGUGCAGGUUCGACGUCGGGCUCGUCAACAAGAGCUGCAAGACGCGGGACAGGUACUCGGCGGGGCCCCAGCUGGCGAGAGCGCUCGGGGCCAGGGCGCGGCGACUGGCACAGGCGUGCCCUGGCAUCGACGAGCUCGACCUGUCCAACGUGAACGAGAUGGAAAAACCAGCGGAACAUGUCUUCAACGAGCUCCAACGGGAGCCGGUGGAGGGCGUCCUUGUGUGGACGGCGCGCUGGGAAGCGCACGAGCGGGACCUCCUGUCACAGCUGAAAGCGGUGGGCGGCUCGGUGACGGAGGUCAUCGCGGGGUCGCUGAGGACUUGCUGGUACCUGCACUGCUUGUGGCUGACGCCUGUAGCGCGCGGGAAGACCACCGCGACGGCGGGCGGCGGCUACGACUUCGACAAGACGUGCGAGGCGCUCUGCACGAGAUGCCAGAUGCGGGCGCUGAAAGAGCUGGACGGGGCCCUCGAGAGGAAGGACAGGCGCGCUGGUUUCUACGGCGAGGCGAACGAGAACGGGCUCGACGGCCACGACGGCGAUGAUCGAUCGGAGCUCGCGGACAUCGUGGCGGACGAGGACGACGCGCCGAUGCUGGACGACGCUGAUUUCAAGGACCCGCCUGAGGACUGCAUCUACGCGGAGUGCAAGCAGAUGGGCCGGAACCUCCAGGACGCGAGGGACCUCAUCCGGAGACUGAAGGCCAAGGGCGGCCCCGAGAGGAACAAGUCGCGUGGCAAGCCUCAGCCCAACGAGACGACCUCCUUCGCGCUCCUGGAGCUGGGGGGGCUCGUCCUUCUCCUGGACGACAUAGACGGCAGCAGUGCGAUCCUGGACUGCGGGGCUACCCGGAGACGAUCGAGGUUCCUUGUCAUGGACAAUGACGUGCUGCUGCUGAUCGGGAUGGUCACGGCUGGGCCUGACCACGCCAGCGCUCUGAUCGGCUACGGCAACAGCUACUUGAUGAAGCCCAAGAUCUCGAACAACAUCUCAUUGCCAGUGUUGGAGGAUGCCGAGCGGACACCUGGCCAUCGACGUGGCGACGCCGACCUGGCGGCAGAACGCCCCGCGGAGCCCCCCGGGUCUCCGGGAGAUCGCGAGCUGCAACGCCCCGGAGGUCGCGAGCGGAACGGCAGCUCGCGCACGGGCGGCGAGACCCAUUCGCUGAAUUUCGCGCAGAACUACCGCCCGCCGGUUCGGAAGACGCAGCUGGCGCAGGAAGGAGAAGCGAAGCCACCAAUGGCAAGCCCUCCAUGGUCAGCGAGUGCCGCGGUCAGCUGGCCAUGCAGGACCGAGGUGAUCUACGUGCGGUGGAGGCGUCUGCUGAUCAAGGUCACGAAGAAGUUGUCGGACGACCGCUCGUCGGAGUCCUUCGAGAUGCCGGGAGCAGUUCUGAACAGCCACGACCUGAACAUUCUCCAGCAGGCCAUCGACCAGUACGACCUGGACUUCAAGAAGGAGAUUGGGGUCGACGUCAACUUGCUGGCCCGUCACGGGCGGCGCGACCUGCUGGGGGCCAUCCUGAAGCGGUGCAGCAACCGCCUUGGCAGGCGCGACAACCGCGAGCACGGGGGGAUCCUGGGCGGCAGGGCCUGGGCGAAGCACAUCCUACGAGCAGGAGGCGGCGCAGCUGCUGGUUCGGUGAGUCUACUAGCCGCGGGCCAGGACGAGACCGAGCUGAUUUACGAGAGCACCGCAGAGGACGAAGACCAGGAGAUGGAGGACCCACCCUAA